AUGGCGCCAACGAAAGGUGAAAGUGUCGAUGACAGUUCACUGGAAAUUGGUAGGUUACUGCUAUAUUUACUGUCGUUUUAUACUUUGCACAAGCUACAGAUGUUUGCUGUAUAUGUACUUUUAUAUUCAUAGCAAAAACCCACAUUGUAAUGCCGAAAUAAAAGAGCCAAACUUGAUUAAGAGUUAACUUGCAUAUUGUAUCAUUUGAGUCAAAAUAAUUUAAUACUAUUAUGUACCUAUAUUUAUGACUAGAAUCUGUGGCUACACGCCGUGGUAGGCGAUCAAAGAAAGAAACGGGAGCCAGUGCUGCUUUGAAGAAAAUCAAGUAAGAAAUCUGUAGUGAAUAUACAAAAGUAUAUUUGGUUUGUUUGCCCUGAUACCUUAUAUAUAUAUUUCUGUAUUUAUCUAGGCAGUCUCGUGAAAGUGGUGAAAAAGUUAAAUAUGAAGUAAGCCUGCAUGCUACAAGGUUUAAUGGUGGAUUAAAAAUAAUUAAAGUUUACAAAGUCGUUAUUUGUUCGGUCACAGAAACCAACAAGCUUCGGCUAUUUGUCCCAAUAAUUGCUUUGGUUGGUUCAUUUAAAAUUUAA